AUUAAAUUGUUUUUUUUGUUUAAAAAAACAAUGAAAAACUCCUAUUUAAACAUUGGUCUAAUAGUAGCCGUUAUUGUCAUUGUUGUGCACAUCCAUGGACUCAAUGGUCAACAACAACAAGUCGAGGAAACAACAACACCAACAUCACUGGCACCGGGAGAUCCAGGACAGCCUACCAAUACUACUACUAUAAUAACACCUACUGAAGGACCGGCUGGUGAUGGUUCAACAGUUACAGCUGUCGGUCCUCUGGAGGAGUCAACUACUGGACCACCGAUAACAGGUCCGACACUAUUUCCCGAUACUACAGCCCCAGCACUGGUAACAACAGCAGCACCCGGUGCUGCUGCCACUGAAACUGCCGUAACUUCAAUGCUGCCAAUAACUACCGGUGCUGUAACUACUACUACACCAACAACACAGCCGCCACCAACACAACCACCAGUUAUCGGCGUCGGUCCUACCAAUAGUCUACUACAGUUGAUCAUCAAAUUUGGCCAACUUUUCGGUCAUCUGGGACUCAGGUUUCUCCGGUUCAUCAAUUGUAUUGGUCUGGAAACGGCUGGUAACUGUUCGGCCGAAAUAAAUGCUUGCAAAUCGUUGGUCCAUAAAAAACGGCUUAUCAAUUGUUUGGCUGCAAUCAAAUGCAAGGGUAUGGAAGCCAACCUAUGUGUUCAUCGUAUGAUCGAUGAUAGCCUAUCGACAGUUAUUGAUGGUAUAGGUGCUGGUGGUGGUGGUGGAGUCGGCAGCACCGGUAUCUAUGGACAUAAUAGUGGUCCCUAUUAGUGGCUAU